AUGAAAGCCGCUACUAUUGUCCUCGCCGCCCUCAUGGGACACGCCCUCGCCGCACCGCCUGGCACUGACCCCAAGGCGCCCGAGGCAGGCAGCAAGGAGGCCAUCUGCCUCCAGGCGUCCGUCGCCGUGUUCGACAAGUGCUUCGAGGCACGCGGCCAGGGCUUCAUGCCCGCGGCCAAAAUCCAGGAACUCCGCGAACGCUGCAACAAGGAGCGCGACGACGCCAAGCAGGACUGCCUCGACGUCGAGGAGGUGGGCGGAGAGAUUCUUGACAAGGACGCUGCCAACAAGAAGAAGGCCGAGUGUGCCGUCCCGGGCAACCGCAUCUUUGCCCAGUGCAUGAAGGACAGGUUCGUCAACAAGUCGGGCGAGACGAAGGAAGACUGCGAGAAGAAGCGGAAGGAGGCGACGGAGGCGUGCAUCAAGGGCGAGCAGCCAGCGAAGCCGGAGGAGAAGGAGGAGGAGGCGACCCCAUCCGAGUCCGAGACCGCCGACCAGCAGCCCGAGCUUGAGGACUGUUAA